AUGCGCCGCCGCUCGUGGACUCGGUACGGCUGCCUGCCUGUGCUGCCUGUUGCUGCCUGUUGCUGCCCGUGCCUGUGCUGCCCGUUGCCGCCCGUUGCUGCCCGUGCCUGUGCUGCCUGUUGCCGCCCGUUGCUGCCCGUGCCUGUGCUGCCUGUUGCUGCCCGUGCCUGUGCUGCCUGUUGCCGCCCGUUGCUGCCUGUGCCUGUGCUGCCCGUUGCUGCCUGUUGCUGCCCGUGCCUGUGCUGCCCGUGCCUGUGCUGCCUGUUGCCGCCCGUUGCUGCCCGAGCCUGUGCUGCCUGUUGCUGCCUGUUGCUGCCCGUGCCUGUGCUGCCCGUUGCUGCCCGUUGCUGCCUGUGCUUGUGCUGCCCGUUGCCGCCCGUUGCUGCCCGUGCCUGUGCUGCCCGUUGCCGCCCGUUGCUGCCCGUGCCUGUGCUGCCCGUUGCCGCCCGUUGCUGCCCGUGCUUGUGCUGCCUGUUGCCGCUCUGCUGCUGUCCGCGCCCUUGUGCGCUCUGGUCUGCCUGCGCCCUCGUGCGCUCUUCUGCUGCCCGCGCCCUCGCCCCUUGCGGCCCCGUCGCCGCCACCUGCGGCCCCGUCGCCACCACCUGCGGCCCCGUCGCCACCGCCUGCGGCUCCGUCGCCGCCACCUGCGGCCACGCCGCCACCACCUGCAGCCUCGCCGCCACCUACGGCCCCGUUGCCGCCACCUACGGCCCCGUUGCCGCCACCAGCGGCCCCGUCGCCGCCACCUGCGGCCACGCAACCGCCACCUGCGGCCCCGCCGCCACCUGCGGCCCCGUCGCCGCCACCUGCGGCCUCGUCGCCGCCACCUACGGCCCCGUCGCCGUCACGUGCGGCCCCGUCGCCCUCCCCUAG